AUGCAGUCACUCAGGAGUCUGAGGCCUAUUGCUUCCAAGCUGCAGCCCUCAACACUCCCUCGUGUCUCGCGGGCCUUUUCAGCAUCUGCUAGGUUGAACUAUGAAUUCAUCCAAGUCUCCGAGCCCAAACCGGGCGUCGGCCAAGUAACGUUGAAUCGACCCAAGGCUCUCAACGCCUUGUGCACACCGCUGAUCAACGAGCUGAACGAGGCUCUGCUGAAACUCAACGCCUCCGAGAGCGUCUCAGCCAUCAUCCUAACAGGCUCCGAGAAGGCCUUCGCCGCAGGCGCUGACAUUAAGGAGAUGGCGCCCUUGACGUUCUCGCAGGCCUACCUUAACUCAUUCAUCGAAUCUUGGUCGAGUCUGACCACCCAGGUUAAGAAGCCGAUCAUUGCUGCGGUGUCCGGACAUGCGUUGGGGGGAGGCUGCGAGCUGGCGAUGAUGUGUGAUAUCAUCUACUGCACGGACAAGGCCAACUUUGGGCAACCCGAGAUCAAGUUGGGUACCGUGCCUGGCGCGGGAGGGAGCCAGCGCCUCACCAGGGCGAUUGGCAAGUCGAGGGCGAUGGAGCUCAUUCUCACAGGGAAGUCCUUCUCGGGGCGCGAGGCUUAUGAGUGGAAUUUGGCUGCGAGGUCGUUCCCGACUUAUGAGGAGCUCAUGGAAAACACUCUGAAGACGGCCGCGACGAUCGCAGGAUAUUCCAAGGUUGCCGUCCAGGCCGGAAAGGAGGUUGUGAAUAAGAGCCAGGACCUCGCCUUGAGGGACGGAGUCGAGUAUGAGAGGCGUGUCUUCCACAGCCUUUUUGGCAGCGAGGACCAGAAGAUUGGUAUGAAGGCCUUUGCUGAGAAGAGCAAGGCUGAGUGGAAGCACAACUAG